AAUCACAAACGCUCCCCGCGAAACGAAAUCGUUGACAAUUUCACAUUACAUGCGAAUAACAAAUCGCAAAAUUCAAAAUCACGUUUUACAAUACUUACGACUUUGCGUUUAUUUUUGGCUUCCGCAAAAAGUAUUGUUUGUGUGUUCGAUUUUGGCGUGAAUCUCGGGAUAUAUAAGGGACAACAGCUUCAACAUGAUAUUCGGUCGCUGCACGCGUAAACAAUUGCUCACAAUGAGUGCUCUGGCCGCUGGUGCUGUCCUCGCAAUCGUUGCCAUCAGUGUCUUCAGUCAAGUGGAGUCCAAAGAGCCGCCAUGGGCAGCGCAUCGGGCGGCAACCAAGUGCUUCAAGACGCGGCCAAACACAACAAACUCUACACUCGAAUUGGUGCACAUUGUGUUCAGGCAUGGCAUACGCACUCCUGUUGACACCUUCCCCAGGGAUCCCUACGUCAAGGAUAACUUUAAGCCCACCGGCUGGGGGCAUGUCACAAAUCGCGGCAAAAAGGAGCUUUUCGAUAUGGGACGUUGGCUGCAUCGUCGCUAUGGUGACUUCAUGGGACCUUUCUAUAGACCAGACAGAUUGCAUGCUCAAGCCACAGCAUCACCGCGAGCUCUGAUGUCACUGCAAACUACAUUGGCGAGCAUGUUUGAGCCGCGUGGCACGGCGAUGGAAUGGAAUCGACAGCUUAACUGGCAGCCCAUACCCAUUGUAUCUGAGCCCCUUGAACAGGAUUCGCUGCUGUUGGUGCGAACACCUUGUCCACGUUACUUUGAGGCUCGUGAUGAGGUAUUCAAGUUGCCUGAAGUGAUGGCCGAGCAGGCGCCCUUCGCAGAUAUGCUCAGCGAACUGUCGAACUUGACCGGCAUGCCCAUGCGGAAUGCCGAGGACGUCAACUCGCUGUACAUCACACUACUAGCCGAGCAGGAGUUUGGCUAUAAGCUGCCCGUCUGGGCCAAGGAUUAUUUCCCCAAACGCAUGCAGUUUCUGGCCGAGCAGAGCUACGUUUACAAUGCGUAUACGCCCGAGAUGCAAAAGAUCAAGGGUGGCCCGUUUCUGCGCAAGAUGUACGAUGAAAUGUUGGCCAAAGAGGCUGGUACUUUGAGACCCAAGGAUCGCGGUAUGUUCAUCUACACGGGCCACGACUGGACUGUGGGCAAUAUACUCUCUGCUCUGGGUAUUUGGAAGCGUCAAAUGCCACGCUUCGCUGUGAUGGCCAUCUUCGAGACGCAUCAGAAUCGACAGACGGGCGAAUACUAUGUAGAGAUCUUUCUCCGUAACGACGAGUUUGGCUGCCUGGAGCAGCUGAAGCUGGCUGACUGCGAGCUGCAGUGUCCACUGCAUCGUCUCAUCGAGCUGAGUGAAGCGGUGCUUCCAAAUGAACCUCUGGAGCAACGUUGUCGCGCUCGAAGCCCUGAUUUCGUGGAACCCCCGCCACGACCAAUUGAUCAGCAGUAAAUUAUUAUUAUUACUACAAUGAUAUUAUUGAUAUAUAUGUAUAUGUAUGUUAGACAUGUUAAACAAUUUGCGGCUUAUACUCAGACAAAAGUCAGUAUUAGAAAGUAGCUGCUAACCGCGAUUUCGUGGGAAAAGAAUCAAAAUAAAAUAAACAUUAAAAUCU